AUGCCUCUGGUCACCAAGAGGACUGCUCAGACAGAUCGCAGGCAGGCAUCUCAGCCCAGGCCUGUGCUGGGGAAGCUGGUUCCUGGCUUUGGGCACAAUCUGGAAGCCAGCAAACUGACCCGAGUGCAGCAGGCGUUUAGGACUGAUGAUCUUUUCGCAGCCAGGCCGCGCGGGGACACCCACUCAGGGAGCCAGGCUAGGAGGCUGUCCAGCGCCUGCGCUGGCAAUGCCGGCAGCCCCGCGGGGCUUCGCCCCGCACCCCAGCCCAGGCCCCGGCCUCAGGGGAGAGGGGGGCGAGGGCGGCGCAGAGAAGGGGAUUUGCUAAUUGCCAAAGCGGGAAGUGAGCUCGCGGAGGACUCAGGAGUGAGGGGGGCGGGGGUGGGUGGUGGGCGACCCGGAGAAGGGGCUUUGCUAAUUGCCGAGGCGGGAAGUGAGCUCGCGGAAGACGUGGCGGAGAGUCUGGGAGGAGGUGGAGGGGCUGGGGGAGGAGGGGCGCACAGCGCCGGGGUGCUGUGCUGCGGCCCAGUCGGGACUGCAGGACCCAGGGGACUCGGGGCCCGUGCGCUCCCGCGCUCCAGCCCUAGCCCUGAAGGCCGCGCUGUCCGGUUCCCGCCGCCUGCUGCCCCUCCCCGCCCCAAGGCUUCUCUGGAGGACCCUCUGCUCACAGAUGUUGAAGCCCUGACCCUCAAGGAGUGCCAUCAGGAGAGCCAAAGAUGUUUCCUCCACUCAGCCACUGGCCCUGUUUGUAGGUGUUGCUUUCUCUCUACCAAUCACAAAAUCAAGGAAGAGAGAGAUCACAAGCAAGGGGAGCAGCAGGCAGAGGGAAGGCAGACCCCCCACUAGAGCCUGGUAUGGGAUCCAAUCCCAGGACCCUGGGAUCAUG